AACUGUAUAUAUGUUUGACCAUACAAUGGUUAGUGGAACGUUCUUACCAUUUUCGCUGGCUUUCUGGGUUUUCUUUUCUUGAUGCUUUCAGGCUUGUUUGAUUCUCUAGUUUUGGCCUUUCCUACAACUUUCUUGACUGGUUUUAGCUUUCUUUUAUAAGGUUGUAAACCCUUUGCUUGAGGUGAAGUUUUAUUAUUUUUGUAAUUAGUGUGUUGUACUGACAGAAAGAUGGUUGUUAAGAAUAAUGGAUUGAUACCGAGUUCGUCUCCUGAGGAAUUGAAGAAAGUUCUUCAAGCUGUGGCUUCUCAGUGGGGAGAUGUUAUUGAAGAUAUGGAUGCACUGGAGGUCACCCCUUUGAAAGGUGCUAUGACUAAUGAGGUUUAUCAGAUUAACUGGCCUGCAAAGAAUGGUUGUCUUGUUAGGAAAGUUCUGGUUAGGAUUUAUGGAGAAGGGGUAGAGAUCUUUUUCAACAGGGAUGAUGAAAUUAAGACUUUUGAGUGCUUGUCUAGGCAUGGACAGGGGCCAAGGCUUCUUGGGCGGUUCGCUGAUGGAAGAAUUGAGGAGUUCAUUCAUGCCAGGACACUAUCAGCUGUUGACCUUCGUGAUCCUGAAAUAUCUGCUCUGGUAGCAGCUAAGAUGAGAGAGUUCCACAAUCUUGAUAUGCCUGGUCCAAAAUAUGUACUUCUCUGGGACAGACUGAGGAACUGGCUGAGUAAGGCCAGAAGUUUGUGCUCCACUAAAGAUGAAAAGGAAUUCCAGUUGGAUACUCUGGAGGAGGAGAUCCAUACGCUAGAGCAGGAGUUGCCACAGCCCAAUCAAGAGAUUGGAUUUUGUCACAAUGAUCUUCAAUAUGGCAACAUAAUGAUGGAUGAAGAGAUGAGGGCAAUCACUAUAAUUGAUUAUGAGUAUGCAAGUUUCAAUCCUGUUGCUUAUGACCUUGCAAACCACUUUUGUGAAAUGGCGGCAAAUUAUCAUACUGAUACGCCUCACAUUUUGGACUACAGUAUAUACCCAGGACUGAAGGAGCGCCAAAGAUUUAUCUAUGCAUAUCUGAGUUCUGCAGGCAAUCAACCCAGUGAAAGUGAAGUAGAUCAGCUAGCGAAUGAUGCAGAGAAGUAUACUCUUGCAAACCAUCUCUUUUGGGGCUUAUGGGGAAUCAUUUCGGCUUAUGUGAACAAAAUUGACUUUGAUUACAUGGAAUAUGCAAGGCAAAGAUUUCAGCAGUACUGGUCGAGAAAGCCAAGCCUCUUGAACUCCUCAAGCAUUCCAAAUCGGAACUGUGUAAAUGGUCAUGUAUUUUAGCAUAAAAACUUCACAAAGUAUUUGCCAAGUAUGAACAUAAGUGAAGAAGAUUGUUGGCAUUAUCUUCCACAUGUGAUAUUCCAAUGACAUCUGUAAUUUCGAAUGUUUUUCCCCUUGACCUUCAAUUCCCAUUGAAGGGUUGGCUAUAAUAAGUAGCAUCAAGCCUGCUCAUAUAUCUGUUUAUGCAAAAUUUGCAGCAAUGAAAUUGUAAUCUGUUACAUGGCACA